AUGUCCAUUCCGACGAUGCCUAUUAAUGUUACAAGGCCCACCAGAUACGAGCUUGUCGAGAAAAUACGGCAACACUUCUGGGACAGAUGGCACCGGGAACAUGUCACCAAGUACAUUCAGAACUGCAGGAACGCACUAAGUGGUGUACUCUACAGCGGGAACGCGCAUGUGGAUAUGUGGGACCAUAUGCGAGUUCCUCAAGGAAUAUACUAUGCCGCCUCUUCUGUGUCCAUUUGGGCGCGCGAGCCAACUGUAACCAGGAAUAGACGGCGU